UUAAUGGGAAGAAGAGAGAGUGAGUGUGGUGUUCAAAAAAAAAAAAAAAGAUGAGAGAGAGAGAGAGAGUAAUAAAUGCCUUCUCAAAAGCGGUACCUUCUCUUCUUCCACAGCAGAGUGUGAACGAAGACAGCUGUUUCUGCGUUUCUUCUUCUUUGUUUGUGUCUAUCUUCUCUACCAAGAUUUUUUGUUGAAAAUCGCAGAAAGCGACUUUCUCUUCUUCUUCACCAAGAGUGUGAUUUCUCAGACUCUCGGUAGUGGGAAAAAGACAGAGAAUCUCAGUCCAUAACCUAUUUCUCUCUCUCUCUCUGUCUUUUUGUCUGUUAAAUAAUUCAGCUUUUUUUUUUUACUGGGCUCUAGAGGAAGGGGGAGAAAAUGACGAGAAGAGCAGAAUUUGAGAUGGGUCUCUUCGUGGUUCUUCAAUUCAUGUUUAUGCUAUAUCUAUGUUCAUCUGAGGAGUUGUUACCAGAGAUAUCACCAGAUACUUCUCCUCAACCAUUUCUUCCCUUCAUUGCACCUUCUCCUAUGGUUCCAUUCAUCAACACCACCAUUCCCAAACUAUCCGGGCUUUGCUCGCUUAAUUUCACUGCUUCCGAGGGUUUGAUUCAGACUACUUCACACAACUGUUGGACUGUCUUUGCUCCACUCUUAGCCAAUGUCAUGUGCUGUCCUCAGCUAGAUGCUACUCUCACCAUAACCCUCGGCAAAGCCAGCAAAGAAACUGGCCUGCUUGCCUUAAACAGAACCCAGUCUAAGCACUGUGUCUCGGACUUAGAGAAAAUCUUGGUAGGCAAAGGCGCUUCGAGUCGGCUUAGGAGUAUAUGUUCACUUUACUCGUCGAACCUCACUGCUUCUUCGUGCCCUGUGAUCAACGUCGACGAGUUUGAAAGCGCGGUGGAUACAUCAAAGCUUCUUUUGGCUUGUGAGAAAGUUGAUCCUGUGAAGGAGUGUUGCGAACAGGCUUGCCAAAACGCCAUACUCGACGCAGCUACUAAUGUAACUCUGAAAGCAUCAGAGCCUUUGACCGAUAACUCGGUUAGGAUCAGUGACUGCAAGAACAUAGUGCAACGCUGGCUAGCUACUAAACUUGAACCUUCUCAAGCUAAGGAAACUCUCAGAGGAUUAGCAAACUGCAAAAUCAAUAGAGUCUGUCCUCUUGUCUUUUCGGACAUGAGAGACAUCAGUGGUAACUGCAGCAACGAACUGAGUAACCAAAUGGGUUGUUGUGGUGCAAUGGAGAGUUACGUGUCUCAUCUGCAAAAGCAAGCACUUAUAACUAAUUUGCAAGCUUUGGACUGCGCGACCUCUCUGGGGACAAAGCUCCAGAAGCUAAACAUCACUAAGAAUGUCUUCAGCGUUUGUCAUAUAAGUCUCAAAGACUUCUCUCUUCAAGUUGGAAGCCAAGAAUCAGGUUGUCUAUUACCAAGCUUACCAUCAGAUGCAAUAUUUGAUCAAGACUCGGGAAUAAGCUUCACUUGUGAUCUCAAUGACAACAUUCCUGCCCCAUGGCCUUCUUCUCAAUCAUCAGCCUCUACCUGUGAAAAACCUGUUACAAUCCCUGCUCUUCCUGCUGCUGCCUCCUCGCAACCUGGUCUCUACAAUGAAGGAGUAACACGUUUUGGGAUUUUUGUACUGUCUCUGGUUCUUGUGAUACUACUGUCAUGAUACCAGAACUAAGCCUGGUCCACUCUCAAUCUCACACAUGUUUACUAGUCAAUUGAAAUAGCUGUUUGUAGAUCAUACCCGUAGAGUCAGCUGCGGAAGUCGUUUGUUGACAUGACCGGUAAAGUGCUCGAGUUGUUGAGAUUAUUAAGUUUCGGAAAGUCUUUUUUACAAAAAUCUUUAUUGAUUCAUGAUUCUUGGAAACCUUUCUAUGUAGUGUAAGCUUAUAUAGUAUUGUUUGUUUU